AUGAACAAGAUGUUCAGAGGCCUUGAAUGCCUUGAGGUCUACAUCGACGAUGUCGUAAUCAAGUCAAAUACCGGCGAAGUUCAUUUGGCCGAUCUCCGGAAAGGUUUCGAGCGUAUACGACGUAAUGGUUUAAAAAUGAAUCCUCUGAAAUGCGCGUUCGGCGUUUCGGCUGGAAACUUCUUGGAGACCGAUGAUUGGAUAUGGACGGACGAGCAACAGAGGGUGUUUGACGAUUUGAAAGGUUACUUGGCGAAACCUCCGGUCAUGACCCCUCCAAAGACGAAUAAGCCGUUGUUGCUAUACCUUUCGGCUGCGCACGAAUCCCUAGGGUGUAUGCUCGCCCAAGAGGACGAUGGGAUCGAGAGAGCAGUCUACUAUUUGAGCCGAGGACUGACAGACACAGAGAUUCGCUAUACCGACAUAGAAAAAAUGUGUCUAUGUCUGUACUUCACGUGCUACUUCUUGGCCGACCACCCUGGUAUUACCCUCAAGGAAGAAGCAGUCACGUUCUUCGACAUCGCCGUGUGGGAGAUGUGGUUCGACGGAUCCAGGACAAGCCAGGGGGCAGGCGCGGGAGUACAUAUCGUCACGCCCUUGGGGGCAUCCUAUCAGUUGUCAUUCAGACUCCAGUUCGAAUGCACCAACAAUCAGGCAGAAUAUGAGGCCCUCAUAUUCGGUUUCGAGAUUUUAGCCGAACUAGGGGCGAAGGCGAUCAGUGUAAAAGGAGAUUCUUUGCUAGUCAUUAAACAAGUGACAGGAGAAUUCAAAUGCGAGUCCGAGCUGUUGGUGAGGUAUUGCAACAAGGCGAAACACCUGAUCGGAGGCUUUCAGGAUACGAGGAUAGAAUACACAGAGAGGGCCGAUAACAGCGUUGCAAACGACCUAGCUCAGCACGGUAGUGGUUACAAGGUAAACCGAGAGUUCGACGCUAUAGAGAGGGAAACACCAAACCUCCACACCGGGGGCAUCACAAUCGACGAAAGACAAUUCUCGGUUUACCAGCUGGACGUCACCCAAGAUUGGAGGGACGAGCUCCUGAAGUGGUUCGAAAAACCAGACGCCAUGAAUAGGAGGUUGAGGACUUUAGCCCUUAGUUACGUGGUCUUAGCGGGCGAAUUAUAUAAGAAGGGCUUUGAAGGGCUACUCUUCAGAUGCAUCGGUCCGAAAGAGGCGAUGCUUGCUAUGGCCGAGGUACACGAAGGUAUAGCAGGCGCACACCAGGCGGGCCCCAGAAUGAGGUGGCUUAUCCAUAAAUACGGCUUUUAUUGGCCGAAAAUGGAACAAGACUGCAUAAGAUAUGCCAAAGGUUGCGAAGCUUGUCAGAAAUUCGGCCCAAUACAACACGUCCCGGCCGAAGACCUGCACUCCAUCAUCAAGCCAUGGCCAUUCAGAGGAUGGGCGGUCGACCUGAUAGGGAAAGUAUACCCCGGCUCGUCUGAUGGUCAUACUUUUGUGAUUAUCGCCACCUGUUACUUCACCAAGUGGGUCGAAGCUAAACCUUUGAAGUCGCCGACACAAGAAGCGAUAAAAAUGUUGCACUCAACACCGUACUACGCCCAGGCCAACGGGCAAGCCGAAGCCACGAACAAAGCCAUCAAGCUCAUAGUUCAAAAGAUGAUUGAAGAAAACCCAAGGCAAUGGCAUGUGCUUUUAUCAGAAGCUGUUUGGGCGAAUAGAACCAGUCAGAAGUCGGCUACUGGGACCUCGCCUUUCAGGCUGGUUUAUGGCUACGAUGCGAUGUUGCCAAUGGAGCUGACCGUCACGUCCACUCGCCGCAGAUACCAGAGCGAAUUUUCCAAAGAGGACUACUUUGACAAGAUGGUGAUAGAUUCUCUUGACCUUGACGAAGAACGUUUGACGGCGUUAGAUCACUUAGAAGCCCAGAAGAGAAGGGUCGAGAGAGCUUACAACAAACGGGUAAAACGAAAAGUUUUUACGGUGGGCGACAUAGUAUGGAAAGCAGUCUUGCCUAUCGGCCAUAAAGACACUCGGCUUGGCAAAUGGAGCCCGAACUGGGAAGGCCCCUUUAUUGUGGUCAACAAGUUAGAAGGCGGUGCUUACUUGCUGGCAAACAUCGAUGGAGAAGAACACGAAAGGGCGAUCAACGGCCAAUUCCUGAAAAAAUACGUCCCUAGCUGUUGGGAGGGCGUAGACCGUCGGUUGUUUGGAGCCACCGAGGAAUAA